AUGGACAGUCACAGACACUCCACUGUCAAACUGCAACACGUCCACAGGACGCCGUUUUCUGUGGAGGACAUUUUAGACCCGACUAAAUUCACAAGGCGGACACUGAGUGAGGAAGAUGCAGCAGCAAACGAUUCUUCUAUCAGACGUGAUGAACUCAGAGAGAAGCAGCUCCCCCCAGCAGGAGAAUGCUGCAGCCCGGAGGAGGAGGCACUUCCGUCUCCGGAGGCGAAAAAGAGUCGACGCGUGCGCACCGCCUUCACCGUGGGGCAGCUGCACAUCCUGGAGCGCAGCUUCCACAGGUGUCACUACCUGUCAGUGCUGGAGCGACACACCAUCGCCGCCGCCCUUCACCUCUCGGAGACCCAGGUGAAGAUCUGGUUUCAGAACCGCCGUACCAAGUGGAAGAAGGAGCAUGUGCACACUGGCACUGACACGGAGGAAGAGCAUGGCUACAUGGCUCCCUUCACCUCCUCACAUCCAGCUCUCUGUCCAUGUCCCAGCUGCACUGCGCUGCUCUGCCACCAGGGUGCGCUGCUCCAGCUCUCCACGCCGCUGCAGCUGCUGCCGCAUCGCCUUUAUUACAUGCAGUGA